UUUAUGCUCAUAAUAAAAAAACUGGAGUACUAUAUAUAGAAAGAAACUAGGUAGGUUUUAAUUAGCAAGUGUAUCAAAAACAAAAAAGUAUACUAAAAAAGGAAAGCUAAUAAAACAGAGAGUUCGAGUUUUAAAAAAUGGCGACGAGACAACAGGGAAAGAAAGAAGAGUUAGACGAAAGGGCGAAGAAAGGAGAAACUGUUGUGCCUGGUGGUACAGGUGGCAAGAGCGUUGAAGCCCAGCAACACCUAGCUGAAGGAAGGAGCAAAGGAGGGCAAACAAGAAAAGAACAGCUAGGCACAGAAGGAUAUAAGGAGAUGGGCCGUAAAGGUGGCCGGAGCACCGGCGACAACGACCCAGACGAAGGCGGUGACGACGUCGACGAUGAAACCACGGUCUGAUCGAGCUAAUCAACUCCUCCCACUAGUCCAAAUGUAGCUAGUACGUACUGUAUCUCAUAAAUAAUAAGGUCGUAGGUCAUCUUUUCAGAAAUGUAGCUACUAUAUGUAAUACGAAGUAUAUUACUCUAUAGAUAAAAAAAAAAAAAAAAACUAUGAUACUAUGUGUAACAUAUUAUAUGUA